GUUUUGUAAAAGACCUACUGCGCAUGUGCAUAACGAGCUUACUCGUAAGGAAGCCAGAAAUGCAGCUUAGCUCCAGCUCGUAAACACGGUAGAACAAGAAAUGACGACAGCGGCUUUGACUGCGGGUCUGGAGCGGAUCCCGGAUCAGCUCGGGUACCUGGUCAUCAGUGAGGACGGGGUUCUGGCCUCAGCAGGUGAGCUGGAGAACGACGAGCACACGGCGGCCGUGAUGAUGCAGAUGGUUCGCACCGCGAGUCGGUUCAAGUUACCGGGGUCCGCCGAGCCGCCCUUCAAGCGCAUGUCAGUGACUCUGGAGGACUUCGUGUUCAUGGUGACGGUUUCUGGUCAGAAGGUUUUCGUGGUGAAGCGUCAGAACAACCAACAGGAAGCAGUCACCGCGUAGAGACACACAGGACGUGGGGACCGUAUAGAGAGACACACAGGAAGUGGGGACCUGUAGGUCAGGGGUCACCAGUGGGACUCUACUACAUGGUUUUGAUUUGUGUAUUUGACUGAAUACAAUAAUGUAAACUGUUAAUAAGAUUAUGAAUAAAAUGAUCGAUUGAACGAG